UGGAGGCCUUCUUCUCAGCAAUGGUGGAAAUACAUCGCUGUGUCUUGGCCGGGGAUUAGAAGCAGGACCCAACUUCAGUGGAGUGACAAUAAUGAGGCCUGAGGGGCCCGGCCCUGUGCCUGUCCCCAUGAACCUCUUUGCCACAUGGGAAGUGGACAGAUGCUCCCCCAGCUGUGUUCCCAGACUUUGCAGUUUGACCCUCAAGAAACUCCUGGUGCUGAGAGAACUGGACAGAGAUCUGAGCUCAGUCGUCAUUGCCGUGAAGCUGCAGGGCUCAAAGAGAGUUCUCCGCUCCAAUGAGUACCAACUUCCUCCAUGUGGGGUGAUGGAGACGGAGCUGGAGCUCAGCUUCUCCCUCCAGUAUCCACACUUCCUGAAGAGAGACGCCAACAACCUGCAGAUCAUGUUACAGCGACGGAAGCGAUACAAGAACCGCACCAUCCUGGGCUACAAGUCCCUGGCCAUUGGGGUCAUCAACAUGGCAGAGGUGAUGCAGCGUCCUACAGAGGGGAUGAAGGUUCUGGACCUCCACAGUAACCGCAAAGACCCGGCCAUCCGAGUGGCAGAAAUCAGCAUUUUCUCACUGUCCAGCCAGCCCAUCGAUCACGAAGAGGUCACCACCGUGACCAGACCAACGGUCAAGGGCCUGGAUGCUGAACCGUACUGGGAAGAAGAGGAUGAUGAGGACAGUUAUUCCUCAGAGCAAGAUGGCAGUGAUGAAGGACAAGGACAGGAUGUAGAUGAUGAAGAUGAUGAGAUGAGGAGACCGAAGAAGUUUGGCAGGAAGCUGAUGCACAGCACGUCUCUGAGCCGCCAGCCAAAUUUUAAACAGAAGUUUGUGUCUUUGUUGAAGAGGUUCAAAGUUAAUGAUGAUACAUUGGACACAGAACACACGUGUCGGGAGCAGGAGGAAGACGAGGAGCUUGGCCUCCUAUAUGACAGUCUGGAUGAGUGCAACAAUAGCGAGAGUGGCUUCGACAUAGAAGACAAUGACAGUGUCCUCAGCACCCCGAAACCAACGCUGAGUCAUCUUCUGUCUUCUUUCUCUAAUCCCAGUAGGACCUAUGGUCAGUUGGCUCCUGUGCUCAGUAAUCUCUUGGAGAAGCUUCCCCACAGUGCAUGCAUCGAGGACAGUAACUCCCGUCUGGCUGAUGAGGGCAGUGAUCCAGUGCCGGUUUCGAGCUCAGCUGUAGACCUCGGUUCCUGGGAGCCUGGUGAGCGGAUUCCACAAAUGGGAGUGAUCUCCAGAACCGAGUCCCAAAUAAUUAUGUCUCCCAGGCAGGAGAAUCAGCUGUCGCGUGGUCCUCGUAGUCAUUCCAUGAAAGAUCGGCAGAAUUUCCGUGGGACGGGCGAUCGCGGGGGCAGUGUGGAGUCCGAGCUCCCUUCAGAUUCCCGGUUCUGCAGUCAGGUUCCACGAAAGUCAGUUUUUGAUGAAUUAAAUGAAGUCCUGGGUUCAGAUCAGCAGCUUCCUGAGAGCGUGAUCCUGGUGAACACCUCAGACUGGCACGGACAGUAUCUCAGAGAACACCUACAUGGGAAACUUCUGACCGUCUCCACCUGUUCUUCAGCUGAUGUCCAGGCAGCGUUCAGUGGUAUCAUCACUCGCAUCCAGAGAUACUGUAACUGUAACUCAUUGAUGCCUCCACCGGUUAAAGUUGUGGUUGCUGGUGACCAGAGUUACCUCAGUGUCAUCCUUCGGUUCUUCGUGGAGCAGAUCGCUGGGAAGACUCCGGACUGGCUCAGCUACAUUCGCUUCCUUGUUCUGCCUCUUGGUCCCCACCCUGUGGCCAAAUACCUGGCUUCAGUAGACAGUAAAUACAAUGCCCUCUUCAUGGACGCAGCCUGGAGAGACGUGUUCAGUCAGGGGGAGCCGCCAUCUUCAGAGCGGCUGGACGUGGCGGGGAGAGUGGCACAGUACAUUGCAGGGGCGUCUGUCUCCCAUCAGCUCUUUAUCUCUGAAGCCAUGCUGACCUAUAGACAGAGAAGUGCUGAUGAGGAUUCUUGCCAGAAGUUUGUUCCGUUUAUCGGGGUUGUGAAGGUUGGGAUUGUUGAGCAGCCUCUUCCAGCCUCAGUGGAUUCUGAUGAGGCAUCGGUCUGCAGUCCAGCCCUCCUCAGCUCGUCCUCAUCCCCAGGGACAGGCUCCUCCACGGUGAAGGAGGCCACGUCCACCCCACCACCGUCUCCUUCGGUCAGCAGUGGCCUGUCUACUGCCGGGACUUUAUCCACUGGGGCUGAAGUGAUGGGUCUGCAGGUGGAUUACUGGCAGUGGCAGGGGCCCGAACGCCGGAAAGAUGGAGACAGAAGGGACACGGCCACUAAGAACACAAUGAGGAGUAACUUCCGCUCACUGCAAGUCAGCCGCCUGCCUCCACCCGGCGAGAGCAACUUACCCCUGUGUAUGGCCAUGACCAUCGUGACUCAGGAGAAGAACAAAAAGGUCAUGUUCCUGAGUAAGAAGCCGAAGGAAAAGGAAGCAGAAUCGCGUAGUCAAGUGAUCGAGGGGAUCAGCCGCCUGAUAUGUACCGCCAAGAACCAGAACACCAUGCUGAGAGUUACCAUAGAUGGCGUGGACUGGAACGACGUGAAGUUUUUCCAGCUGGCAGCGCAGUGGCCGACGCAUGUGAAGCAGUUUCCUGUGGGGGUCUUCAGUCACGGGAAGAUCUGAUGUCUCUGUGUGGUCCAUGUAGCACCAUCACCUCUGCUCUUCCGGAGUUAGUAAAUCAGGCAGAAGGUUCUUCACCCCGACACCAACCCUGACCUCAACGUGGAGUCCACACAUUGUCUGCACUAUUACCAUGGGGCCCGGCCGAGGUGCCCAACUCACAUGACUCAUCCCUUAAACUGGGAGGUUCCUCUUAUCAUGGGGCCCGGCCGAGGUGCCCAACUCACAUGACUCAUCCCUUAUACUGGGAGGUUCCUCUUAUCAUGGGGCCCGGCCGAGGUGCCCAACUCACAUGACUGAUCCCUUAUACUAGGAGGUUCCUCUUAUCAUGGGGCCCGGCCGAGGUGCCCAACUCACAUGACUGAUCCCUUAUACUAGGAGGUUCCUCUUAUCAUGGGGCCCGGCCGAGGUGCCCAACUCACAUGACUCAUCCCUUAUACUGGGAGGUUCCUCUUAUCAUGGGGCCCGGCCGAGGUGCCCAACUCACAUGACUGAUCCCUUAUACUAGGAGGUUCCUCUUAUCAUGGGGCCCGGCCGAGGUUCCCAACUCACAUGACUCAUCCCUUAUACUAGGAGGUUCCUCUUAUCAUGAGGCCCGGUCGAAGUGCCCAAAGCACAUGACUCAUCCCUUAUACUAGGAGGUUCCUCUUAUUAUGGGUCAUGUCCGAGGUGCCCAAAUCACAUGACUGAUCCCUUAUAAUAGGAGGUUCCUCUUAUCAUGGGGCCUGGCCGAGGUGCCCAAAUCACAUGACUGAUCCCUUAUAAUAGGAGGUUCCUCUUAUCAUGGGGCCCGGCCGAGGUGCCUAAAUCACAUGACUCAUCCCUUAAACUGGGAGGUUCCUCUUAUCAUGGGGUCCAGCCGAGGCGUCUAAAUCACAUGACUUAUCCCUUAUACUGGGAGGUUCCUCUUAUCAUGGGGUCCAGCCGAGGUGCCUAAAUCACAUGACUCAUCCCUUAUACUGGGAGGUUCCUCUUAUCAUGGGGCCCGGCCGAGGUGUAUAAAUCACAUGACUCAUCCCUUAUACUGGGAGGUUCCUCUUAUCAUGGGGCCCGGCCGAGGUGUCUAAAUCACAUGACUCAUCCCUUAUACUGGGAGGUUCCUCUUAUCAUGGGGCCCGGCUGAGGUGCCUAAAUCACAUGACUCAUCCAUUAUACUAGGAGGUUCCUCAUAUCAUGGGGCCCGGCCGAGGUGUAUAAAUCACAUGACUCAUCCCUUAUACUGGGAGGUUCCUCUUAUCAUGGGUCAUGUCCGAGGUGCCCAAAUCACAUGACUCAUCCCUUAUACUGGGAGGUUCCUCUUAUCAUGGGUCAUGUCCGAGGUGCCCAAAUCACAUGACUCAUCCCUUAUACUGGGAGGUUCCUCUUAUUAUGGGGUCCAGCCGAGGUGUCUAAAUCACAUGACUCAUCCCUCAUACUGGGAGGUUCCUCUUAAGGGUCCCUUCACACGUCCGCAUGUGUUUUGAGGUCCGCAAAUUGCAGAUCUGAAAAACACGGACACGGCCACGUGCCAUUUGCGGAGCCACGGAACGGAUGCGAACAUGUGAAUGGACCAUUACAUAGUGUCCUGGCCAAGGUGCCCAAAUCACAUGACUCAUCCCUUACACUGGGAGGUGCCCAAAUCUUGUGAAUCAUUCCUUAUACUAGGAGGUUCCCGUUACCAUGGUUCCCCGGCCGAGGUCAGACGUGUGCAGAGUUCAGUACUCGGGAGAGAGGUAGCGGUCCGACGUGUGCAGAGUUCAGUACUCGGGAGAGAGGCUAGCAGUCAGGCGUGUGCAGAGUUCAGCACUCAGGAGAGAGGUAGCAGUCAGGCGCCUGUGCAGAGUUCAGUACUUAGGGGAGAGGCUGGCGGCGGUCAGACGUGUGCAGAGUUCAGUACACAGGAGAGAGGCUGGCGGCGGUCAGACGUGUGCAGAGUUCAGUACACAGGAGAGAGGCUGGCGGCGGUCAGACGUGUGCAGAGUUCAGUACACAGGAGAGAGGCUGGUAGCGGUCAGACGUGUGCAGAGUUCAGUACACAGGAGAGAGGCUGGCGGCGGUCAGGCGUGUGCAGAGUUCAGUACACCGGAGAGAGGCUGGCGGUGGUCAGACGUAUGC